AUGAGAAAGGAAAAAAUAAGCGGAAUUAUUUACUGGAUGCACAAGGAAACAUUAUUGUCCAGGUUCAAGAUAAUAUUUAUAUCUCCCAUUACAUUCUUAUUAGUGGAAAAUUUAGAGGCGGAAUUGCCUAAUCUUAGGGACCCACUGUAUGGUCUAGUAAUCUCAGCGACCGAAUUGAAUAUAUCCGAUAUUUCAGAUACUAACCUACGGGUAGAGACUCACCAGCACCAACAGAUAGGGAUGCAGCCAAUGUGGUUGCUCAGGCUGACACAUGGUCUCGAUUAUUUGAUGCAGAUGAAGACAGAGAAAGAGUGGUCUGAAACCAGCUCUCAAAACCUGGAAAAUAUCAAGAGGAAUAUCCGCCGAUGCAGCACUCACCUUCAAUCUUGGAACCAAACUACAUUCGGCAAAGUGCAGGUGAAGCUUAAGGAAGCCAGAUCAAAGCUAGCUCAAAUCCAAAAUAAGAAUCCAACAACUAUCAACACCAAUGCUCUUCAAAAAGCUGCUGAAGAAGUGCAAACUUGGAUGAACAGAGAGGAGAUCAUGUGGAAACAAAGAUCAAGGGCUGCUUGGCUCGAAGAAGGAGAUCAGAACACACAUUUCUUCCAUGCAAAAGCCUUCCAAAGAAGGAAAAAAAUUCAAUUACAAAACUGUUGGAUGAUCGAGAAAUCAAGAUGCUGUUCUAACCAACAUGGAAAGCUGACUCAACCUUUCACAGCAACUGAAAUCUCUCAGGCACUGCAUGAAAUGCAUCCUAAUACCCCAGGUCUUGAUGGUAUGCCUCCUUUUUUUUUUUUCCAAAAGUUUUGGCCUCAUAUUGGCCCUUCUAUAACUAAUGCUGCCUUACAUGCUUUGAAUACUUGUGAAUUUUCCCAAGAUGUAAAUCAUACGUUUAUUACUCUUAUUCCUAAGACAAAAAAUCCCCAAAGAGUCAAGGAUUACAGACCCAUCAGCCUUUGUAAUGUCCUUUAUAAAUUGGUCUCCAAGGUUGUGGCGAACACGAUAAAACAAGUGCUUCCUAUGGUGAUCUCGGAAACACAAUCAGCCUUCAUUAAAGGGAGACUUAUUUCAGACAAUGUACUUGUAGCGUAUGAAGUGCUCCAUUUUUUAAAGAGAAAGAAGAAGGGUAAGAAGGGUUACAUGUCCCUUAAGCUUGACAUGAGCAAAGCCUAUGACAGAGUGGAAUGGUCCUUCCUUGAAGCGGUUAUGCACAAAUUGGGCUUUCAUGGAAGUUUUAUUAAUCUGGGGUUUAAGGCAAGGAGAUCCUAUUUCUCCUUACUUAUUUCUUCUAUGCACCAAAGGAUUGGUUAG